AUGGUCAAGGCACUUCUGGGUAUACCGGGCUACACCGGCUUCUUGCCUGGCUUUGCAACAGCGCCGAUCCCGUUGAAGGUGUCGAAGCACCGCCCAGGGCGGCAGCCCGACUCCGAGGCGGCGCUCGCAGCAGCCGCCGCCGCGCCCCGCAGCGCCAGCGAGUACCGGGCGACCUUCGCCCCCGGCCAGCUGCGCCCGCACGCCGCCGCCGCCGCCGCCGCUGGCAACGGCAACGCGACCCAGGCGGCGGCGCAGCGGGGGGGCGGCUACUGGUUCGAGGAGCGCUCGCGCGCUGCGGCCGGCCGGACGCAGCCGUUUGUUGGGACGACAACAUACAGGGCCGAGCUGCUCGCGGGCGCCGCCACUGCGGAGCAGCAGCUCGCCGCAUCCCAGGGCGUCCCCGCCACGCUGGUCGGCUACGCCCCCGCGCGGGGCACGAGCGCCGCUGGCGUGCGCCGGGCGCAGUCUGCCUGCUCGCUGGCAGGGGGCGCGGCGUCGGCGGGAACGCUCAGCGGCAACGGCCCUAUGGGUGCGCCUGUGGGGUGGCGCACCACAUACGGCGCGGCCAACCGCCUGAUCCAGGAUCGCUCAGAGGCAGCGGCUGCUCGCCAAUGGCAGCAGGGUACCCUUGACGGCGCCUCAACUUUGACCCUUGGCGGCCGGGAGCAGCAGCAGCAGCAGCAGCAGCAGCAGCAGCAGCAGCAGCAGCAGCAGCAGCAGCAGCAGCAGCAGCAGCAGCAGCAGCAGCAGCAGCAGCAGCAGCAGCAGCAGCAGCAGCAGCAGCAGCGUGCAGCGAGCGCAGGCGCGCGAUUCUGCGGGUCGUCGUCGUACACGCGCGACUUUGUGGGAGACCCUAUCGCGCGAAUGCGGGGGACGGCCGAUCCGAGGGCUGCCACAACGCUGCUCGCCACUACACGAGACUUGAACGAGGGCACAACCAGGGCGUGCCACCACGUGCCAGGGUAUACCGGCUUCGUCCCGGCCGCCCCAUCCGCCCCCGCCGCCGCGCGCGCCCAGGCCGCCGGCGCCGCGCCGCGCCCCGACAUGAAGGCCUCCAUGCUGCUGUCCGGCCUGGACCAGUUUUCGCGCGCCCGGCUGCCCGGCUACACGGGCUACAAGCCGGCCGGCGGCGCGGGGGGCGCGGCGGCGGAGCAGCCGGCGCAUGGGCCGACCGCAGCGACGACGCAGGGCUUUGUGAACUGCGAGCUGCUGAAGCGCGGCCCGCAGCCCCACGACCCCGCGCACUGCAUCGACAGCCGGCGCGGGCUGAUGAGCUUCUUCAGCAGCGGCUGCAACGGCACCAAGGGCGAGCCCUCCAUCAGGCGCGCGAGACGCGCCGCCGACAACGGCCUGUGCGACGCCCAGAAGUUCUACGGGCGGCUGCGCCCCCUGGAGGGCCGCAUGAAGGGCGGAGUGGUCGCGUCCAAGACCACCGCCGCCGGGGCGCGCUUCGACUCGCCGCUUGCCAAGGCAGCCACGAUGGCCGCGCGGGGCUGA